GGUGGUGGAGAAGUGGGUUAAUGGUGACGGUUCGGAAAAUCCGGAGGAUGAUUAUCGUAUCUGAACCGAGUAGCUAUGGGGUACCCUUAACCAAACCGAAGCGGCAUUAACCGGAACCAAAUUGGCAUUUUAGAAGGCCUCAGACUUGACCGGAGUGGACUCAAUCGGCAUGGAAGAGCUUCCGAGGGUUUCAGGUAAGCGAAACCCGGAAGAUGACUUGGAGACCAAGCAGCCCAUUCUCAAAAAACAUAAGGAAACAUCCGAGGAGAAGGAUGAGACAACCAAAAGAUUUGCUGAUAGUGUCCAGCUCAAGUCUCAUCAGGCUAAUUUAAUCAAGAGAGCUGCCGUAAUAAAAAAGACGCUCUUCAUUAAGAAUCUCCCUGUCGCAGCUAAAAUAUCAGAUGUCAUCAAUUUCUUCAAAGAUGUUGGACAAGUUGUUCGUGUUCGACUAACCCGCAAGUUAUCUCAGAAGUGCUAUGGCCUUGUUGACUUCGCUUCUGCUAACGAAGCAAAGAAGGCGCUGGAAACGAAGAAUGGUGAAUCUUUGCAUGAUCAUAAGAUAUCUCUUCAAGUGAAUAUUAAAGCUCCAUACCCUCCAUUGCCCAAGUUUUGCAUCGAUCACAAGGUUUGGUACAAAGACUACCUUCGACCAGAAAGCCUUCUGAUAGCAGAAGAUGAGACACCUCCCAAUUUUGUUGAGGGAGUACUCUUUGUUGCCAAUCUCUCUCCCCAAACUAAAAUAUUACAUAUCAAGGAUUUCUUUAAAGAUGUUGAAGAAGUUGUUCGUGUUCGACUUAUUGUAAACCACAAGGGUAAGCAUGUGGGCUAUGGCUUUGUUGACUUUGCUUCUGCUAACCAAGCAGAGAAGGCGUUGGAAAAGAAGAAUGGCGAAUAUUUGCAUGGUCAUAAGAUUUUUCUUGAAGUCGCUAAGACAGCUCCAGACCCUCCACGACCCAAGUUCAACCUUGCAGAGAAGCUUUGUUACGAAGACUACCUCCGACGACAAAACCUUGUGACAGAAGAAGAUGAGACAGUGGAAGGACUUGAUGAAACUCCCGGUCUUGUUGAGGCAGUUGCUGUAAGGAAAAAGACGCUCUUUGUUUCCCGUCUCUCUCGCGAAGCUGAAAUAUCAGAUAUCAUCAAUUUCUUUAAAGAUGUUGGAGAAGUUGUUCAUGUUCGACUUAUUGUAGACUACACGGGCAAGCAUGUGGGCGAUGGCUUUGUUGAGUUUGCUUCUGCUAACGAAGCAGAGAAGGCACUGGAAAAGAAGAAUGGUGAAUAUUUGCACGAUCAUAAUAUUUUUCUCGAUGCGGCUAACAAAGCUCCAUACCCUCUACGACCCAAGUAUUGCAUAGAUCACAAGGUUUGGUAUGAAGACUACCUUCGACGAGAAAGCCUUCUGGUAGAAGAAGAUGAGGCAGUGGAAGGCUAUGAUGAAAUUCUCGAUUUUAUUGAGGAAGUUGCUUCAAGAAAAAAGACGCUCUUUGUUUCCAAUAUCCCUUACAAAACUAAAAUACAAAAGAACAAAACUACAUUACCAAAGAUCAUCGAUUUUUUCAGUCAUGUUGGACAAGUUGUUUGUUUUCGACUUAUUGUAGACCACAAUGGUGAGCAUGUGGGCUGUGGCUUUGUCGAGUUUGGUUCUGCUAAGGAAGCAGAGGAGGUGCUGAAAAAGAAGAACGGUGGAUAUUUUUCGAAGGAUCAUAAGAUUUAUCUUGACGUGGCUGAGAUAUCUCCAUACCCUCUCCGACCCAAGUACAACCUUGCAGAGAAACUUUGGUCGAAGGUAGAAAGCCAUUUGAUAGUAGAAGAAGAAGCAGAUGAUGAUGAAGAAGAAGAAGAAGAAGAAGAAGAAGAAGAAGAAGAAGAAGAAGAAGAAGAAGAAGCAGAAGAAGCAGAAGAAGAAGAUGAUAAUUUGGAGACCAAACCGAAUCUGAAGAAACGUGAGGUACCUAUGAUUGGCGGAUUCUGCGGUAAGAAGGUUAUCUUCUGUUUUGACGACUGACAGAAGAAGAGUAAGCUCUUUGGUGUUUCUAUCUUAUCUUCUAGUUAAGUUUUUGUCUUGAGUGUAAGUUUGAAUAUGCAUAAUUUUGAAUGGUUUGGUGUUAAAUCGUUAUAUGCCUUCAUUAUUUACCUAAGUAAGAGCUGUAUAUUUGAACUGAUUUGGUUGACGAAACCAUUAUCUCCGGAGGGACACAAA